AUGACUGUUGAUAAGAAUGAAAAAUCCAUUAGUAUUUUGUUUCCGCUUCGAUCUGGAUCCAUUAAUGCUCCGACUGCAAAUGCCAAGACCAGGUUUUCUAGCAAUGAUUCCAACGAUGAUCUGGUAAUACAAGGGCUGAAUCUAGUAGGAACAGGGCUCAAACCUCGCUCCCAGACCCUGCGAUACAUGAAAUCACACAACUUUUCAACUCCGAACGUUGAUUCUACGCGACAUGUUUCUAAAACGGAUAAAAUGUGUUUAGCAGACACUCAGCUACCGUCAGAACAAGAAAUUGAUGCCAAGUUUGAAGAGUUAUUGAAUGGACAUGCGUUUCUAGGUACUGCUAAGCAAAAUUUGAAAAGCUUGUCGUAUACCCGUAAAUGGGAAUUGAUUCAGAAGGAAAAGAAACUACAUGGUGAUAUAACGAUGCAAGACGAUUCAAAAUUGAAUACUUUACAUAUGAUUUUGAGCAAUUUGAAUAAGAGAUUCUCGGUUACUCAAACACUUUAUCAAUUGGAACGUUUACUUCGACAUGCUGAUUUUAUUUCGCUGUUUGUGAAUGCAAACGGAGUUUCGAUUUUGAAUGGGUUCAUUGAUUUAUUGGAUAAAAAAUCCCAGUACGUGUACUUAUGCUGUUAUAAAGCAUUGCUUAACGAUACUUCAGCAAGAUCUGUGAUAUUCCAGAAUAAUGAUUGGAUAACUUACGUCUUCUGCCUUUUAGGAACGCUCACAACUGACCUUAGAGUUCGUCUUUUAUCUACCCAAAUUGUGAUCCUUCUGACAUAUUCCACUGAAUGGUCAGAUUCUUUGUUGGAAUCGUUAGAUUUGUGCUACGAAAGUUGGAUCCAGGCAGUAGAAAUGACUCUUCGAAACCCGGAGGAUUAUGCGUUUAACAACUCUUUAAUUCUUCCAAAACCAAAAGAAUUGCUCGUAGAUUACUCUAUAUCUACAUUGUUACUGGUUCAAUCCAUUCAACAACUUCUGCCUUCCAAUGAUCUAAAACUGGCGUGUUUCAAAAGAUGGAAGAGAGCUGGAAUACACCGGGUUUUCCGGCUAAUGAAGGAUUUAGACUCAUCAGCUUUGAAUCAGGACAUAGACCUGUAUAUCGAACUUGAAUUGAAGGUGCAAGACAAACAGUUCAAAAAUGAGUUUCUGAGUGAAAUAUCUUAUGGUCCUCAAAUCAAGAGUUUAAUCGAAUAUACUAAAGAUACGCCGUUAGAAACGCCUAUUUGCAAUAUUAUAGAAACGAUCUUGGAGCUAGUAAAUGAAAGAACAACGGAAGGUUCAAUAAAACUGUUCUAUGUUUUCAAUUCUAUUCUAACCUAUCUAUGCGAACAUACCUUGGAUGGUAGCUUUGAUGAAACCAACACGGAACAAGUUUUCAUGACCUCACUAGAUCAUAUAAUGGAUAACUUACAAUCCCAUCAAAUUGCCAAAAGAGCAAUGAUGGAACUGGAUGAAAAGAAGAAAGAAUUUGAUGGAAUACAACUUCAAUUGGAUACAUUGCUACAAGACAAACAGGUUUCCAAAGGGGAUCUACUGCAGAAAUUAGAAAAUAAAGAAGAACUUUUGAAAUCAAGGGAAAUAAGAAUAGAAGAAUUGCAAGACAGAUUGGAAGUUGUAGAAAAUCAGCUAAAGAAAGAAAAGAAACAGUUGGAUCUCACUAUCGCCCAUAGAGAUGUAGCAGAAUAUACACCAAAACGUUCUGUGUCACUGUUUGAGACUUUAAAAGAACAUAAACCGCUUAUUGGUACUCAACGAUCAACUUCCUUAUCAAAAAGUAAACGUAUAGCAUCGCUAUCCACUGUUGCAAAUGAAAAACCUCAGUCAAAAUAUCCGCACUCUACCCCUUAUAACAUCUUGAAUAACAAUUCUGACGAUGACCUUCCAGUGACUCCGAUAUAUCCACGCAAGAACGACAUAUUCCAUCAGGUAUCAGCACUCCCAAAACUAUCUUCCAGUAAUGAUGUAGUAUCAGCAACGACCACAGAAGUUCCAUCAGCCCAAACAGCAUUUGUGAUUCCUGCUUCUAUUGCAGCACCAGCGGCUCCGCCGCCUCCACCACCACCUUUACCGCCUCAACUGAAAAGUAUAGAAGCCUUCACCUCACCAAUGACCAAUGGACCGGCCCUAGUAACUAGUUCUGCUUCCUGUGCUUCGUCAAAUGUCGCGCCUCCACCUCCGCCUCCACCUCCGCCUCCACCAUUACCAUCAACUCUGUCAUCCCUGAACAAGGAAUCCACAGUAGAAGAUACAUCUUUAUCAGUUGCAUUCCCAAACGAAACCCUCCCAGGAAAACCAACAGACGGCAUUCCUCCUCCUCCACCGCCUCCUCCUCCUCCUCCACCAUUACCUCUAGCUAACAAUGUGACAUUCGUGUCUAAGCCUAAACCAGAGGUAAAACCGUUGAAGCAGAUUCAUUGGGACAAGAUAGAGGAUAUUAGUGACACACUUUGGAAUGAACCAACAACUAGGAGUGACUUAAAGGAGGACUUAAAUGAAAAGGGUGUCUUUAAUGAGAUUGUGAACUUGUUUGAACAGAAGGCAGUUCGAAUGAAGAAGAAAUCCAACGUUACAGCUAGUAAGAAGAACGAAAAAGUUUCUCUUUUGUCAAGGGAUCUGGCUCAACAAUUUGGAAUCAACCUACAUAUGUUUUCUUCAUAUUCUGUUGAAGACCUUUUGAUAAAAGUACUAAGGUGUGACGAUGAUAUAAUCAAGAAUCAUAGCGUUCUUGAGUUCUUUAACAAGGAUGACUUCGAAACUAUCCCCCAAAGUAUAAUUAGAUCUUUCGAACCCUAUGCGUCAGAUUGGAAAACCGGUAAGGCUCCGAAGGAAGACGUCAGUAAAUUGGAAAGAGCUGAUAGAAUAUACCUCGAAAUGUUUUACAACAUGAGAUAUUACUGGAAAAUCAGAAGCUCCUCUCUCUUGAUCGCUCUGACAUAUGAAAAGGACUAUUAUGACAUCUUGUACCAAUUACAGAAGAUCGAUGAUGGGACCUCAAUGAUCAAAAACUCGAAUAGACUCAAACAAUUUUUCUACAUUGUCGUAGAGAUCGGAAACUUUAUGAACAACAAGAAAACGCAGGGUAUCAAACUUUCCUCAUUGAACAAACUCUCCAUGGUAAAGACAAACAGUGAUAAGAAUUUAUCCUUUUUGCAUGUGAUAGAAAGAAUCAUCAGAGAAAAAUAUCCCGACAUAUACGAUUUUACAAGAGAUUUGAAUAGGUUAUCUGACCUGGGGAAGAUUAACAUUGAAUCGAUAGAAAGUGAGAUACACGAAUAUUACGAAAAAAUAAUGAGAAUGAAGGAGUCAUUCGAACGUGGAAAACUCUCGCAUACUGAGAAACACCAUCCAGAUGACAAAUUUAGAAAGAAAAUCAGCGCCAAGCUUCCCAGUGCCGUCAGAAAAGCAGAACUGUUACAUAAUCAAUGUAAACUGACUAUGAAUGAUUUCAACAGCACUAUGAAGUACUGCGGUGAGGAUCCAACAAAUUCCGAAGCCAAAAACACGUUCUUCAGAAACUUCUCUGAAUUCCUAACGCUUUUCAAUAAAAUAUCACAAGAGAACAAGGAACGAGAAGCAAUGAAUCGCGUACAUGAACAAAGACAACAGUUAUUACAGAAGGCUUCGACAGAAACCCAAGUUGAAAAAUCUGCCGAUGACGAAGCUGCAGAUACGAUAGAUAUACUGAUCAAAAAACUGCGUAGCGUUGACCCUCAACAGACAAUCCCUGGUUCAUCCGUUCCCGGAACAUCAUCUCAUCCAGAAAAACGUUCUACGCCAAGAACCAACAGAGAUCAAAAUCUAUUAUCACGAGCCAUGACACUUAAGAGCGGCAUUCAAAACCUGUGA